GUCAAAGCGUUCUUCGAUUGAAUUUUGUUUGCAAACAGAUUUCGCUAAAGGUCCACUAUCAAAAUCUGGCCAUGGAAUCGCUUCCCGGCCGGUCGGAAAUCCGGUGGUUGUACUGCAGUGCCAGCAUGUGCAAGCUGCCAAUACGCAAGGACGAGCAGUACCAUCGAUUCUGGAACAAAAAAUCUUGGAUAGAUCGGCUGCGCGCGGACGGUUCCGCAGGCCACGUCGUCUGUCACCGGCACUUUUCUCCGAGCCAGUACAUCAUAAUACGAAAUGCGAACCCCAAACUGAAAAAUAACGCCGUUCCGGAUCAACGCAUCCUGUGCUGCCGAUUCUGCAUGGACCAGUCCGUGAAGAUGGAACGGCUGCCGGCGGUCCCCAGUUCGGAUCCGGGCAGGCUGACGCUGCAGGACGUCGUGGAGACGAUCGGGAUCCAGGUCAACCCGGCCGCGGACGGAAUUCCGGCCCUCAUCUGUCUGACCUGCAGCUCGAAGGUGCGCUACAUCAAGCGCGUCCAGCGCCAGUUCCAGGAAAGCGAUCUCAAAAUGCGUCAGCUGCAAGCCGUCUGGACGGAGGAGAACCGGAAGCUGCUCGCGGAGACCGAUGAAGGGCGGUUGGUCAAAUUUGUCGCAACGGAGAAGCCUUCCUUUAACGCUUCAUGUGAUGAAAAGGUCGUGCAGCCGGUGGUGACUCCGGUAUCGCCGGAUAAGCCAGUGAAAAUUGAAACGGUGCACGACUUUAUGGUUAUUGGGACGGUCAAAAAGGAACCGGGUGUCUCCUCCAAACAGGUUAUCGACAGGAGUUCGAAUUCGAUUUUUACGAUUGAGACUAUGGAUGCUUACAAGGACGAUGAACGAGGAACGGACUCACUUCAGCUGCAAACUGAGGACUCAAUCGGGAUUCCUCCAGCUAAGAAGAUAAAGAAGGAGAUAAUUUAACGUUACCGAUGAAAUAAAGUCGUCUGUCUUUAAUAA